AGAAGAUGAAGUUCAAUGCAAAUCCUUUGCUCUUCAACACAUAGAAAUGCAGUGGCUUCAGCCUGCCAUGUAAGCUCAGGAUCUCUGAAACACAGCCCCCAGCUCUCAGCUGCGAGGUACAGAGCACAGCAACUUGCACUCCACAGGACUGCGAGGCACGAUGAAGGCAUUGCCAGCCCCUUUGCCUUUAAAAUGCCAUGGCAGCACAGAGGCUUCGGCAGAACACCUCUGCUCUCCAGAGCUGUGCCUCUUCAGCCUUUCCUGAUGAAGACCUGGGGGACUGCUUACUUCGCAUACACCAGAGGCAAUGGCUAGGGUGAGCAGCCUGCAGCCAGAAAUCCCCAGUGCAGAGCACAGGCGAUUGCCCUCCACGAGCAGAGGCUUCGGAGCCGAGCCGUGCUGAGCAGAGAACCCCUCCGGUGACAGAGCCAUGUGUGCCCGGGAGGAGCUCGGCUGAAAAGCAAUGCAAAGACAGCAGUGAGAGCUGCACCCAGGUCUGGGUGUCCCUGAAGCAGCUGGAGCCUGCAGGCUGCACCCACUUACCCAGCUCCUCAGCUAUGACUGCAGCAGGGAUUCCAUCUCCACCAUGCUGCUAUGCUGGGCUGUGACAGGCUGCCGGCCCAGGUCUGCAAGGUGGUUGAUGAUGUUAGGAGCAAGCAUAAGGCUGGAUGAGGAGCGGCACAAGCCAUGGAGGGACCAACCCCAGAGCCUGUGUAUGUCGACGUGGACAAGGGACUGACGCUGGCCUGUUUUGUCUUCCUCUGCCUCUUCCUGAUUGUGAUGAUUAUUCGCUGUGCAAAAGUCAUCAUGGACCCCUACAGUGCCAUCCCUACAUCCACCUGGGAGGAGCAGCAUCUGGAUGACUGAGAGGGCCUCUCUGGCCAGAGCCACAGAAUGCUGCAAGCCAGGAGGCCUUUCCCAGCAGGGAGGCUGCCACACGAGCAGCCACCUCCAGAGACGCAGGGCAGAGGCACUGGCUCCAAGAGCAGGCAGUGGAAAUGAGCCCUGCUCAGCAGGUCAGGGUCUCAGCUGGCAGCACAGUCUAACACUAUGCAGCAACCCCUCUUUUACUGAGCACAGGCCCCGUGGUCACUCCAGCAGCACAAGAUCCUCCAGGCAGUUCCUAAGAGAACUCUUGGUCUAGCACAGCUUGUCCUCCCCUCAUGAUCUGCCACAAACCCAGGGUCACCACCAGAAUCUGGGGAAGCAACAACCUUUUCUUUGUCUUCCUGGCAGUAGAUUGCUCCAAAGGUCUUCCUCAGUCGCUAGGUUUGUGUUUCAGGAAAGGCUCAGCAGAAGCACUUUGGCAGCCCUGGUUAAGCAGGGUUAUGCCAGCAGGUUUCCUCUUAGCUCACUUGGCUCUGCACACUCCUGCCCCACUGCAGCCCUGCUUCCAGAGAUCAGGACACAGCAGCAGUCAGACCAUGCUCCCCCCGGGGGUCACAGACUGCUGGGCACCCUGGAGCACCACCUGGCUCUCUCUGGGUGAUGCAGUAGCCAGGCACAUCAGCUGCUGUGGGGCUGUGGAUUAGCCAGAGGUGUCAGACCACUUACUGUGGGCUCGGUAGCCAGCAAGAGCCUACGGAGCAGAGCCUGGGCACUGCUGGUUCCAGCUGCACAGAUGUGAGUUUCCAAGAAGAACUGCCUCUGCCAUUCCACCCAGCUUUGGCUUCAGGAGCACUUCAGUGGAUGGCCAAGACGGUAAGCAGAGCCACUGCUCCUUGCUUCAGCACUCAGACUCCUCAGCACCACGCAGUAAGAUGCAUUCUACCUCGGAGAAACGCAGCACCUUGCAGAGAAGACUCUCCCCAGAUGCUAAGGUGAAGAGCUCUCCAUUUCCUUCUGCCAGCACAUCAAGAGGGGCACUAUGCAGGAAGGCAUAAAGGAAUGUGGGAGCUUUGGCAAGUUAUUGUUUACCUUUCAAGGAGAGGGGGCUGGGGGGGUUCCCCUGUCCUCUGCCCCCCAGAUUUUAAGGUUUGCUCACAGCUGCCUUUUUCAGUGACCACACCUGGCUCAUGGCUUCGUAAGGUGCAGAUCCUGCAGCCCCAGCAAGCGUCGUGAGCAGACAAGGCUUGAAAGAGCAGCCCUGCAGGAAGGAUGUGUCACUGUUUCUCCUCUCCCUUACAUCAGCCCUGAUCUCUGAAUUCUUGCCAUGAGGCAGCAUCCAGUGGGUCAGAAAGGCAGAACCAAAGGUUGUGGCAAGGAAUCAGGAUGUAGGCUUUGUAUGUUGCUACUCUCGGCUCUGACAGACCACACAAGUCACUUCUUUAUGUGCCUCAGUCUACUCAUCAGUGCAAUGGGGACAGCAGUAUCAGCUUGUCUCACAGCCUUUCACCUGGCUUCUAUGGCAGAGAGCACUUGGAGAGUCUUGGACAGGGACACAGAGAUGAGACACUGCUUCCCAACUCCUCCUGAAAGGAAUGGGGAGGUCUGAGUCUCAGCAUACAGUGAGGGAAGCACUCCUCAGGCAGAGGACUCGUUCAGACCUCCAUCUGCACUCUCAGAGCGUGUGCUCGGUUGUGCCAAGUGGCACCUGGCUUUGUUACCUGUUCCACUGAUUCCCGAGGUGCUCAGCACUGUGAUCAGAGACUCCCAACACAGCAGGCUGUGAAGCACAGGGGUACCUUUGCGUGGCUCUUCCACACAGGGUUUGCUCACCUGUUGCAGGAGAGUCCAUCCAGGAGGCAGGGAACAUGAGGACUGGCUUUAACCUUGCUGUUCUCUGAUGAGGGACCUCCACUGGCUGUGGGUGAGGUUGCUCAGCAGGCUGCUAGCCAGCCUCAGUUUCUGCUAGCCAGUUAACCACCAGUAACUGAGGAGAUUUUCAGGUGUGGGUGUUAAUGAUCACCAUACUUGGAGCAAACACAUUGGUCUCUCUUAUGCCUGAGUGUGUCUAUCCAAAGCAGGAGAGGAUGUCCCAGCUCAGAGCAACUUGCUUCUGCUCCCUGGGCUAAGAUUUAGAACGCACACUGUGUGUCUCAGACUCAUCUCUUACCCUGGUACUAGUGAGGCUACUGACACUAUAAAUAGAAGAAGAAAAGGGUUCUAUUUCCAGGCUACAGAUGCUUGCAUUCUGCAGGGCAGCUGGCUGCAUUCACAGCUGAUGCAGAGUGAGGACAGAACUUGCUGCCAUCACAGCUCCCAGGGCCAGCUCUCCACUCAGUGCUCUCUGCAUGCACGACUCUGGCUUGGCCACGGGGCACUGCUAAGCACAUGCUUGAAGUGAAGGUUCCGAGCGGGCUUCCUGACCACACAAAGACCAGGGUCAGUCGUGUGCUGUGCUCUCGGCAGGGCAGGGACAGCAGCAGGCAGUGCUGGCAGGAGCACAGCCUGUGUGAGGACAGAGGGUUAGGGAUGCUGGGGCCGCAGGCAGCAAGCUUGCUCUGCAAGGGCCUUUGCCUCUGGACCAGCUUUACAGACCACUUUAUGGGCUUCCCCCAGAGCCCAAGGGCAAAGACCCCUGUGGGUAGCUCUCUUUUCUGACAAGAAAGCACUUGUCUUCCUGGCACGGCCUGGCAAGUUCAUCCUUCUGUUGCCCACAAAGGUCUCCACAGCAUCUGUGCCCACGUCCAGCCUGCUCACGGCCGUGCAAAGUCAGCCUGGCUGCGUUCAGAGAGACAACCUACAUGCGCUCGGAUCGCCGCCUCGCCCUCCGGCUGCAGCCGCGCACCGCCCUGCAAGCCACAGCAAUACCGAACACCAAGCGGGGAGCAGAAGUGCUCUCCUCCCUCAGCCGGGACUGGCCCGCUGCGGCCAGCGUGGCAGCUCCUGCCUGGCACCGGCGCCGUGAGCCCUGGCAGCUCGCAGCGGUGGAAGGUCCCUCCUAGCAGGGCUGCGUCGCUGGGCUGGGUCGCAAUGCCAGCUGCAUGCAACAAGUGCCUCUGCUGCUUUAGGCUCUUUUUCAUGUUGCCAUACUACCAGCACCUGCACUCAGAGGAGAUAACUCAGACUUGUUGCAAAUGUAUUUAUCUCACACAAUAAAUGGCUUACACGUGGAGAACCUUCCGCUUGUCUCUGUUGUGGUUUGCUUCUGGUUGCCAGGACCUCCCUAAGAACA